AUGGCGACUCAGAUCAGCAAAAAGAGAAAGUUCGUUGCCGAUGGUGUUUUCUACGCCGAGCUAAACGAGGUCUUGACAAGAGAGCUUGCUGAAGAUGGUUACUCUGGUGUCGAGGUCCGUGUCACUCCCAUGCGUACCGAAAUCAUCAUCAGAGCCACUCGUACUCAAAACGUUCUCGGUGAGAAGGGUAGGAGAAUCAGAGAGUUGACAUCACUUGUCCAGAAGAGAUUCAGAUUUCCUGUGGACAGUGUUGAGCUUUACGCUGAGAAAGUCGUCAGCAGAGGUCUCUGCGCCAUUGCUCAGGCUGAGUCUCUCCGCUACAAGCUUCUCGGUGGUCUUGCUGUUCGUAGAGCUUGCUAUGGUGUUUUGAGGUUUGUGAUGGAGAGUGGAGCUAAAGGAUGUGAAGUCAUUGUGAGUGGCAAACUCCGUGCAGCACGUGCCAAGUCGAUGAAGUUCAAGGAUGGUUACAUGGUUUCCUCUGGUCAACCAACCAAAGACUACAUUGAUGCUGCAGUCAGGCACGUUCUGCUUAGACAGGGUGUGCUCGGAAUCAAGGUGAAGAUUAUGCUCGACUGGGACCCCACGGGCAAACUAGGACCCAAGACACCAUUGCCUGAUGUUGUGAUCAUCCAUGCUCCAAAGGAAGAAGAGUUUAACCACGCUUCUGUUGCCGUUGCUGCUCCAGUUGCUCUUGCCCCUGAAGCUCCUCUAACCACCACAGAUUACCCAGCUAUGCCUGUGGCUUAG